UCUAAAGUCUGGUUGAGAAGAUGUCUUGAUACAAUGCAACAAUACCGCUGUUCUGAUCCGGGCCACUAACUAUUGCUAUCUCGGGGUCAUCCCGUAGCUAACGAACUAGUCCUCGCACUGACUAACCGGCACUUCCCCUCACUAAUACUACCAUAGCACUCCUAGAGAAACCACAUACAUACAAAGAUACUUACACAGUCUAUCUAGCAUACAUCAGACACAACUAAAAUGUCCACCGAAACCUUCCACUACGGCACCGACCACGACCUCCAAACCGUGACCGUGACCACCCUCAACACCACCACCACCACCACCACCCCCGGCUACUGGGUGAUCCUCAUCCACGGCGGUGCCUGGCGCGACCCAACCCAAACCGCCCACACCUACCUAACCCCAACGAGCACCAUCCUCACCACCUCCCCCCCCUACACCACAACCACAACCCCCUACAUCCACGCCCUCGCCUCAAUCUCCUACCGACUCAGCGCGCACCCCUCCCACCCCCAAGACCCCUCCGUGACGGACCCCACGCACCUCCGCACCGCCACCCACCCAGACCACAUAACCGACAUCCUCUCGGCCCUCUCCUUCCUGCAAACCAAAUACUCCAUAGGCGAGAACUACCUCCUCGUAGGCCACAGCUGUGGCGCGACCCUCGCCUUCCAAUCCGUGAUGGGGAAGUUCCGCACCGAUCCCUCCGUCCCAGCGCCGGUGGGGAUAUUAGGUAUGGCGGGAAUAUACGAUCUGCGAGGACUGCGGGAUACGCAUCGGGAUGUAUCUGCGUAUCAGGCGUUCACGGAGGGGGCGUUUGGGAAGGAUGAGGGGGUUUGGGAUGGGGUUUCGCCGGCGGUGGUGAGGGGGGAGGAGGGGGUGGUGGGUGGGUGGAAGGGGGGGAGAGUGGCGGUUUUGGCGUAUUCGAGGGAGGAUGGGUUGGUGGAUGAGGGGCAGAGGGAGGGGAUGAGGAGGGCGUUGGGGGAGUGGGUGGCCUUGGGUGGGGGGAAGAGGGUGGAGGGGUUGGAGAUUCGGGGACAGCAUGAUGAUGCGUGGAGGGAGGGAGGGGAGUUGGCGAGGGGGAUUGCGUUUGCCAUUGAGAAGUUGAGGGAGUAAAUUAGAACCAGGUUGCGAUGGUUUCGGGAUAAGGGCAUGCAGCACAGAUUACAGUGAAGCAAGCAGUUCAUUGUAUCUCGAUCAGUCACGGACAAAAGGAGUAUCACGAACUGAACCCGCCAGGAUGGGAGACCCAGAACUAAAACUAGUACAUUAGAAGCCAGGAAAACAGACCCGCCAUCUUCAACUUCCAACGCCACCAGUGUUCGUUAUCAUUAUUUGCAGUGCAUGAGAGAAAUGAAAUGGUAAAGAACCCGUCAUACGCCCGGGGUGCAGAAGCCGAUAGCCGGAGACGUGGAACAAGACAAAAAAAAAAAAAAAAAAAAA